AUGAGCAAAGACCUGCACACUACGGACCUGAACGUGCCACAGACAUACUUCCGUCGUUCGCAUGGGAACCUGGUCCGGCUGUACCACGACGCCGAGUGUCUUGAGGGCCAGUUCGAAGAUAUCGAGACGGAGCUGGGUCCUUUCCACGCGCACUCCACGUGGAACGACAUUAGCGAGGCACUCGAGAAUGCGCAGCACUUCAUCUUCGUCGCCGGCUGGUCAGUUAACCCCUCCAUUUCGCUAACACGGUCCCACAAACCCGUUGAACGGUCGCCGCUCGGCCGCAAGGCAGCCUCGGCCGUAGAACGCAAUGGCGGGGGAGAACGCUCUGGAGGGGUAGAGCGAUCCGGAGAGAGGUCCCGAGGCAACUCCCGACAGAAGUCAGGAGAGAAGUCCGACAAGGCGAGAAUGGACAAGGCGGGGAUGACCAAGCCGGGUAUGGACAAGCCGGGUAUGGACAAGCCGGGUAUGGACAAGCCGGGUAUGGAUAGGCUGGGUAUGGACAGGCCGGGCGCAGAUGUAGACAAUUCUGCGGUGGAGAACGCAGCGGCGAGUUGCUAUACGACGGACCGAAGUGCUAGUGUUUCGGCUUCAAGUCCGGCCUUACCGGGACACAGUCCCAUUCUGUCGCGGGAGAAGGGGGCGGAGAACGAGCAGCCGAAUGGGAACGAUAUGCCUCGGAGUGCGGGCGAUAUGCCGCGAAGUGCUAACGGGAAGAGUGAGCAGGUGAAUGGUGGCGAGAAGGGGGAUCGGUUGCUGAGUCCAGAGGUGCGUUCUGGACGGAGUAGGGAGACGAUUGGGGAAUUGUUGAAGAGACGUGCGGAAGAGGGGUUGAGCGUCUGCGUUGUCGUUUGGGAUGACAUUACGUCUCGAGAGGGAGUGAGUUGGUUGAAGGAUGGUUUAAUGGCGACGUAUGAUGAGUACACACGUGAGUAUUUUCGAGACACGAAGGUGGAGGUGGCUGUAGUGAAGAGGAUUGCGGGCGACGACCUGGGUGAGGUUAGCGACUUGCUUAAGUGGACCAGUUUUACACAUCACCAGAAAAUCGUGGUCUACGACUCGGAAAACCCGCUAGACCGCGGUAGUCCACGACGGGUCGUGGGGGCAUUCGUAGGCGGCCUGGAUCUUACAUCUGGUCGGUAUGACACGGCCGCACACAGCCCCUUCUCUAGUCUUAAGACAGCUCAUCGCAAUGACUUUUAUAACGGCUGUCUCGUGGAAGCCACGGCCGAAACUGGCCCCCGUGAACCCUGGCAUGAUAUACACGCCCGCAUACUAGGACCCGCGGCCUGGGACGUCCUGCAAACAUAUAUCGAACGCGUCAGCAAACAGGCACCCCGUAUGGUUCAUGCAACUAGCUUAAAAGUCGCCGAACUCAGGGACAACCACCUACUCAAAGAUGGCAAGAAGGUACUGAUACACCCAGACCACCCAGCCGCCUGGGACGUCCAGGUCUUCCGAUCACUAGACAGCGAAGCGGCCCUCUUUGAGAAUAGCAUGUGGACAGCUAAAUUCGGGAAUAACACACACUUCGUAGACAGAGGCAUUCAACAAGCCUACUCAUACCUAAUUAAAAAGGCACAACAUUAUAUUUACAUUGAGAACCAAUAUUUUCUCGGUUCGUGCCAGUACUGGCGUCAGCAUGACGACGUGCCAUGCCGUAAUUUGGUCCCGUGGAUGCUGGCUGACCGUAUUUGUGAAUCGAUAGCGUGUGAUCGGGAGUUUUGUGUGUACGUUCUGAUUCCGUUAUUUCCGGAGGGAGCACCGAGUAGUGUGAGUGUGCAGGAGAUUUUGCAUUGGCAGUUCCAGACGAUGCGUAUGAUGUACAAGAAGGUCGCGACAACGUUGGAGGAGUAUGGUAAAACGGACUGCCAUCCAACCGAUUAUCUCAGUUUCUUUUUUGCGGGUGUCCGGGAGCCGGAUGCAAAGCUGUCUACAACUCGUACGAGUUUACCAACGGACGUCGCGACGGCGUUGGCGACCAAGAGACAUCCUAUCUACAUCCAUUCCAAGCUGAUGAUGAUAGAUGACGAGUACAUUUUGUUAGGGUCUGCAAACAUUAAUGAGCGGUCCCUCAAUGGCAGUAGGGAUACCGAGAUCGCAGUGGGCUGCAUACAGCCUCACUUCAGAGCGGUCGAAGAUGAGAAUGGACAUGUGCAGUAUCCCAACGGUGCGGUCCGUGCCUUCCGACUUCAACUCUGGCACGAACAUCUUGACGUCCUCGAACCUGAGUACCGAGAAUGUCCCCACUCCAGCAAGUGCAUGAGACUUGUCAGAGGCCGCGCACUCCAAAACUGGCUCGCAUAUAUCAACCCGCAAAUGUGCGCCUUACCCUACGGCCACCUCUGCCCAUACCCCCUCAUGGUUGCGCAGGAUGGCGAAGUAGAGUCGCUAAGAGAACAUCCCAACAUCCCCGGAUGGAAUGCAAGCGUCUGUGGAUCAAGAAGCGCCCUUUUACCCAGCAGUCUCACAACAUAA